AUGGACACUAAGAUCGGAACUGGAGCUCCAGAAGUUUCCCAAAUCGCAACAUGCAGUGUUGGCGUCCUUGAUGGAUCCCCACAAAAAGGCGUCGCUUCCUCCACUACAUUAGCGGUCAAGUUGUCCAACGCCACACUGGGAGGAUACCUAGCUCGACGACUCGUCCAAAUCGGUGUUACCGACGUGUUCUCUGUUCCCGGUGACUCCAACUUGGUCCUUCUGGAUCAUCUCAUCGCCGAACCCGGGAUAACGAAUAUUGGAUGCUGCAAUGAGCUCAACGCCGGCUAUGCUGCUGACGGCUACGCGCGCUCCCGCAGAGUCGGCGCGUGUGUCGUUACUUUCACCGUUGGUGGACUGAGUUUGCUGAAUGCCAUAGCAGGGGCGUACAGUGAGAACUUGCCGGUGAUUUGUAUAGUGGGAGGUCCCAACUCCAAUGACUAUGGAACGAAUAGGAUUCUUCACCAUACUAUUGGCUUACCUGAUUUCACCCAAGAGCUUAGGUGCUUUCAAACCGUCACUUGCUAUCAGGCUGUCAUAAACCAUCUGGAAGAUGCACAACAAAAGAUAGAUACAGCAAUCUCAACAGCCUUAAGAGAAAGCAAGCCAGUUUAUAUCAACAUAAGCUGUAACUUGGUUGGGAUCCCUCAUCCUAGUUUUAGCCGUGAGCCUGUUCCACUUUCAUUGCCUCCGAGAUUAAGUAAUAGGAUGGCCUUAGAUGCUGUAGUGGAGGCAGCAGCAGAGUUCUUGAACAAGGCACUGAAACCAGUUAUGGUCGCUGGCCCCGAAAUCCGUGUUGCAAGAGCUGGUGAUGCCUUUGUAGAACUGGCUGCUAUAUCUGGUUAUGCCACCGCUGUUCUGCCAGCAGCUAAGGGGCUUGUGCCGGAGGAUCACCCCCUAUAUAUUGGUACAUACUGGGGUGUUGCAAGCACUGCCUUCUGUUCUGAGAUAGUGGAGUCCGCAGAUGCAUACUUAAUUGUUGGACCAAUUUUUGACGACGUCACCACUAGCGGAAACUCACUCCUUCUCAAGAUAGAGAAAUCCAUCAUUGUGAAGCCCGACCGUGUUAUAAUAGCAAACAAGCAUGAGUUCGGCUCUGUUCUCAUGGAGGAUUUCCUCAGAGCUCUAGCAAAGAAAGUGAAGCGUAAUAUUACUGCCCAUGAGAAGUAUACGAGGACCUUUGUUCCUUGGGGACAUCCUGUGAAGUGCUUUCCCAAUGAGCCUUUGAGGGUCAACGUUAUGUUCCAACACAUCCAGAAGAUGCUGUCGGGUCAAACAACGGUGAUUGCUGACGCAGGGGAUUCGUGGUUUAAUUGUAUGAAGCUGAAAUUGCCGCAAGGUUGCCUGUGUGAGUUCCAGGUGCAAUAUGCAUCGAUUGGUUGGUCUGUUGGAGCAACUCUUGGUUAUGCUCAGGCCUCCCCUACCAAGCAAGUGAUCGCUUUUGUUGGUGAUGGGAGUUUCCAGGUGACUGCCCAAGAAGUGUCGACCAUGCUGCGAAAUGGGCAGAACCUCAUCUUUCUGAUCAACAAUGGAGGAUAUACGGUUGAAAAGGCAAUCCAUGAUGGACCUUACAAUGUGAUCAAGAACUGGAACUACACUGGAGUAGUUGAUGCCAUCCACAAUGGAGAGGGAAAGUGCUGGACAGCCAAGGUGCGGUGUGAAGAGGAAUUGGUUGAAGCAAUAGAGACGGCAACCGGAGCCAAGAAGGAUCAUUUGUGCUUCAUUGAGGUUAUUCUUCACAAAGACGAUAUCAGCAAAGAGGUCCUUGCAUGGGGGGCUAGGGUUGCUGCUGCCAAUAGCCGUCCACCAAGCCCUUAA